UCAUUUAGCAAGCACUACAGGCUCGUGUCAUUGCGACUGUACCUCUCAUUCGGGGUCGCCAUCAUGGCGACAGGAGGAGCCGCUGCAGCCAGCGGCGAGGACAAGAGCAACGGGGGCAAUAUCCCCGUACCCGUCUUCGAUGGCACGAGCAAGACCAUGAAGAAGUACCGCCGAGAGGUCGCCACCUGGCAGAUCGGCACCGAGGUCAAGCCGCCCAAGCAGGGAGCGACCUUGCCGGCCAGCCUCAAGGGCAAGGCCGAGGAGGCGUGCGAGGAGCUCGACCUGGACGCCAUCAAGGGUGACGACUCGGUGAAGGUGUUCCUGGAGUACCUCGGGAAGCGCUUUCCCGAGAUCGCAGCGCUGGAGACCCCAGCGCUGCUGGAGACCUUCGUGCGCCCGGCCUGCGUCCGGCACAAGUACGAGGAGAUCCGCGACUACAGCAACCGCUUCAAUGGGAUCGCCACCAAGCUAAAGGCCAAGGGCAUCCAAGUGCCCGACGAGGUCUUGGCGGACCUGUACAUCAAGGGGGCCCGCCUGCCCCCGGAGCGCGCGGCGAGCGUGCUCAACGGUGUGGGCAACCAGUUCAACCCCACCAAGAUCCAGGAGCAGUUGAUGAUCAACUUGCCCAAGGUAUCGGUCGUGGACGGCAACAAGGACAGCCACGACAAAGGAGGCUACGGAGGUCACAAGAACAAGGACCACAAGCGGGCGUACGCCACGGAGACCUACGAGGAGGAUCGUAGGGCCGAGCUCGACGGCGCGUCCUCAGACAGCUUCGACGACUACGAGGACGAGCUGCCCGACGAGCUGCAGGACGUGAUCGACGAGGCGGAGGAGCAGGUAGCGUUCCUCACCAAGAUUAUGGUGCGCGCCAAGGACAAGCUGAAGGAGGCGAAGCAGGCGCGUGGCUACUUCGCCAAGCGCGACGGCGGCAACCUGCCGAAGAGAGACGAUCCCAAGAUCGCCAAGAUGAAGUGCUCGAAGAAGAACGACCCUAACGCAAAGGCCGACAUCCCGAAGAAGGGAAGCAACAGGACGAACAUCGCCACACACGAUACCAGCGACGCGCAGGAGCCUCACGUGGCGGAGAUGACGGUCGCGGCGGUCUACCAGCAGGACCAGCGGGCCGCGGUUCGCGACAGGAAGUACAGUGCGCUGCACAGCAUCGACUGGACGCAGAUCCGCCAGGCCGCCGAGCUACCCGAAGAAGUUACGGCGGCGGCGUUUUUCAUCAAUAAGGACCACCAGUGCCUGAUGGCCGCGACGAGCUCGGCGCUAAUCUACCUCAGCGUCGAGGACCUGCUGAAGGAGUCGGGGGGCAAGCUGACCUUCGACACGGCCUGCGCUCGGUGCGUCGGCGGCCUCGACUGGCACAACGACAUCAAGAAGAGACUGGCCGCCUUCAACAUCCAGCCCAUCGAGUACCCCGAGAAGGAGCCGUUCCGGUUCGGGGCGUCGAAGGUGGCGUUCAGCCUCAAGGCGGCGCUGAUCCCCUGUUCGGUGAACGGCAAGGCCUUCACCGUCCGCAUGGGCAUCGUGCGCAGCGCCGUGCCAGGACUGUUCAGCCGCAAGGCCCAGAGCGAGCUGGACAUAGUCUACCACGCCGGAGACAACAAGCUGGACAUCAAGUCGAUCGACGAGCACAACAUCCAGAUGGGCCUGAGACGCGCCGGACACCCGACGCUGGACAUCACAGGCUUCACGCCGAACUAUAAGCCCGUUUUGGACGUCUCGGAUACCAAGGCCGAGAUUCGUCUUCAUCCUUGCGCUUCUUACCAUGCUGAGACAGCUGUGGCCAGCGCCGCCAAGCCGGUGGUGCCCGAGGCUCGCCACCCAGGAGUUGCCUCGGAGGCCGACGAGUCUCCGCUGGAUACUGACUGCAAUGCGCUCGAUCGCGCCGAACUGUUCGAGCAGCAGGUGCGCCAGGAGACGAGCCCGGGGGGCAGCGGCCAGAACUUGCCGACGACGAGUACUGCCCGUCUUCCCGCGAUAUCCAGCAUGCGGAUGCCGGAGCUGCAGGCCGAGGUGGCAAGCUACGACUUAGAUGUGCGCGACGCCACGUGCGACCAGCUCCGGGUGAUCUUGCGUGCGCUGAGGGCCGAGGGCCGCGAGAGCACGCCGCAGGACGACUACAUCCCGGGGCUCGGCAAGAAGAACAAGGGGGAUCUCCAGCAGCUGUGUCGGGACCACCAGAUCGAGUUCGACCAGCGCACGCCCGCGCCGGAGCUCAGGCAGCGCCUCAAGGGCUGGAAGGUCGAGGACACGGUCAGCAGUGCUGCGGCGACGGUGGCUCAUCCGAGCUCACAGAUCACCGGGGCCGACAAGAUGCGCUUUGGCAAGUACCCCACGGCGGACUACCGCUGCGGGCGGGUAAAGGCGCACGGAGUGCCGCCCCUUCCCCCGGAGAAGGCCAAGACCACCUUGGAGGCAGUGAUGGCCGAGGAGGUGGUGCUGGACGACGAAUGGGUGGCGCCAGCGGCUACGACUACGAGGGCCUCAGGAAGCCAGGGGAGCUGGGCCGGGCAUCGGCGCCAGCGACCUCCGGAGCCGCACGAGAUGGACACCAGCGACAUGGGCCUCGAGAAGGCGGGCGAGACCGACAAGGAGGAUCGCCCGAGAGGCAUCAAGAAGGGCAAGCGCGUCGGCCUCCUCUACCAGGUCACGGGCUUGCUGAGCGCCUUCGCCUUUCAGACGGUGCUCACCGCGGACGUCAAGGAGGCCUACAGCGUUCGCAGCCACCGCGUGGACGUCAUGCAGGUGUUCGGAGGCGAAGGCGGCAUCACCGAGGCGGCGUGGAAGCGUCGGAUGACGGCCACAGAGGUGAUCGACCGCAAAUACGGAUGGGACUUACGCAAGCAGAAGGACCUCGACGCGACGUACGACCUGUACUACGCCUCAAGGCCGAAGUUCGUGACAAUCGAGCUACCCUGCCAGGCAGGCGCUCCGACGGAUCUGGAGGACGGAGCGGCCGUUCCUUCAUUGGCCCGCGACCUCUUCAAGUACCAGCUCGACUCUGGCGACAUGGCCAUGAUCGAGAACCCGGCCACCAGCCGGCCCUGGACACAGCGCGCGAUUUUGGAGCUACUGGCAGACGAGCGCGUGUACCAGGUGAGGCGCGACAUGUGCGAGUACGGAGCUCGACACUACAAGACGGGGGGGCUCAUCAAGCACCCCGCGAAGCUGCUCGUUACCCACGAGGAGUUCGAGCAGCUGAAGCGCACCUGCAGCCGCAAGCACCACGACCAGACCUUUGGGGACAACGUGGCGGUGCGCAAGUCUGGCGUUUAUCCCGCUAAGUUCUGCAGAGCGGCGGUGCGCAUUGUGGAGCAGGUGAUUCGCCAGCAAGGAGGGCAUCGCGCCUACCAGGUGGACUGCCAGUCGCACUCGUCGCCCUUCAUCGUGACAGUGCCCAGGGAGCAGGCCACCGCCUACGUAAACGACACCGCGCCCCUGGGAGAGACGGGCGAGCCUGAUGGGGACCCAGACCCCAUGGGCGGCGGAGACGACUUCGCCGACACUCACGACGUGCGGGCCGAAGAUACUGUGGACGGCAGGAUCGGGGUCGGCGCGAUUACUUUCACAAAGAAAGCAGCGGCCUGCUGCAAGCCAGCCAAGCUGGCCAUGCUCAAGAGACUCCAUGUCAACUUGGGCCAUCCGUCUAAUGAAGACUUGGGCCGCAGCUUGCGACUCAAAGGCGCUAAGUCGGCCACCGCCCAGGCCGUCAAGGAGCUGAUCUGCGGGGCGUGCCGCUCGCAGCAGCGCCCGAGCGCGAGGAGACCAGCGCACCUCCACUUCGUGCAAGAUUUUGGAGACGACGUCGGCUUCGACUGCUUCGAGCUCAAGGACGUCGACGGCAAGAGCUACUGGUAUUUCAGCAUCGUCGACCUGGCCACCACCUUCCAUGUCGCGACGCUGAUCGAUCGCCAAACCAGCCAGGCGUUCGCUGCCGCGUUCGAGAGGACGAUCGAGCACUCGUCGAUCAGGGGCGAGGACGAGAUGCGGACGCUGGCCAUCAUGGUAUCGGGCGCGAAGAACUCGCUGAGAAGGAUGCAGAACGACGACCAGCUCCGGCGAGCUAUGCUGGCUCGCGCUCGCACGGUGGCGACGCCCUUGUCAGUGGGCGAGAUGUGCUACGUCUUUCGCCAGGUCAAGAAGAAGGAGCAGCGGGAGCAGCACAACCGCAACGCCAAGAAGGGCAUCUGGCGAGGGCCGUGCGUAGUCAUCGGCCACCACAGCGAAAACACCUGGGUCUCGCUUGGAGGGCACACCAUGCUGGUGGCCCCGGAGCACAUCAAGGCACUCGCUCCGGACGACGUCUGGUUCCGAAACGGCUGGGGCGAGAUCGGUCAGGCCGUGGCCGAGCUCAAUCGGGCUCGCGACUCGCUCGAACAAGAAGAGGCUCAGGUGGAGGACAUCCGCCCGGCGCCUGGCGAGCCCGAGGUCAAGCCAGACGAGAUGGAGCAGGCGUGGCGGGAAUUCAUCGACAACCCGGACGACAGCGACCUCGAGCUGAACGUCUCCGAGGAUCCGCCCCAGCAGGAGCAGAUCCAGGUGCUGCCCGCCGACGUGCCGCAACAAUCUGAAGAAGAGCAAACCUACGGCCCUGACGAGUUCCGACGACGUCGAGCUACCUUCGACGGAGUGGACAGCGGCGACUUCGGCCCGGCCUUCAAGCGACUCCAGACCGAGAGGGAGCACGCAGGCUCCGGCGCCCUGCCCGCAAGGGCAACUUCGCGGGACCGCGCGGCGGCCCCCGAUCAGGAGGCAGCGGCCGGACCCGAAGCAGGAGGAGCCCGCCAACGUUCGAGGUCGGCUCCAAGCCAAGCAUUGCAAACCUCCAUCGUGACCGAGAGGAUCAAGCGCAAGCAGGCCGACAAGGAGAUCCACUGGAGGGCCAUCAAGGACUCUGAUCGGGAGCUCUUCAGGGAGGCGGCCGCCAAGCAGUGGAGCGAGUGGCAGAAGUAUGGCUCCUGUCAGGUACUCUCCAUCGAGGAGUCCGAGGCGAUCAGGGGCAUGAUCAAGCCCAGCCUCAUCCUGCCCAGCCGGUUCGUGUACCGGGACAAGAACACCCCGCUGCGGACCGACAAGCAUCCGCUGCCGGUCAAGGCAAAGGCCCGACUCUGCGUCGGGGGCCACAUGGACCCGCGCCUCGCUCAGGGCGACCUGCGGACGGACGCGCCCACGGACACCCGCAACUCGACCAUGCUGUUCUUCACCAUCUGCCAGAGGUUCGACCUGGAGAUCUACGCGGCGGACGUGGAGGCGGCUUUCAUGCAAGGCGACGAGCAGCCCGACCAGCAGCUGCACAUGGCCCAGCCUCGCGAAGGUUUGCCUGGGCUGAACCCGAAGCAGCUGAUCAAAAUCCUCAAGGGAGUUUUCGGGCUGGCCACGGCACCGAGACAAUGGUGGGCGAAGCUCAAGAGGAAACUGCUGGCGGUGGAGGAGAAGCUGAGCGACAACUACGCGUUUCGCCUACACCAGCACUCGCUAGACCCAGCGCUGUACUACGGCUACGACCAGCACGGUGAGCUCUGUGCGGUGGUGGUCGCCCACGUGGACGACUUGCUGCUGGGGAUCUCGCGCAAGUACCCGGGCCUCUACGACAGGCUUCACAAGCUUUUGCCCUGGGGCGACUGGCGAGGCUUGCCUUUUACCUUUUGCGGCAAGCAGGCCUGGCGAGAUCAAGAGGAAGUACUACAUCUACGACAGACCGAGUACGCGAACACCAUCGAGGAGAUUCCGCUCAGCAAGGAGCGCAAGACGGACCUGUCGUCAGAUGCUACGCCAGCCGAGUUCUCGGACAACCGCUCCGCACUCGGAGCGCUCGGGUGGCUUUCAUCGCAGACUCGUCCCGACCUGGCAGCUGGAGUGGCCAUGGGGCAGCGGACCCAGAACAAGCCCACCAUCCAGGACUUGCUCGAGACGAACAGGCUCAUCAAGUUGGCGUGGAAGCACGCGGACGUGGGUUAG